UUCUAUUUCAAGUUUCAUUCUUCAUUUUAAUAAUAAUUGUUUUGGAGGGUACACGCCGCCGCCGUGUUUGUUUAUAAUCUUAUAUUUCCUUUAGUUUGUAACGUGUGUCUAUAGUAUUACGUAUAAUACCCAUACUAUUUUUUAAGCACGCACGGUAUUAAAUCGACUUUUCAGACAUCGAAGUUUGGUAAGGUUACUUGUUAAUGAACAUUGUUUGAUUACCAAUUUCAUCUUCACAAUGUCGGUUGAAAAAGAUAUAAUUAAAAUUCAAAACAAACUACAAAACAUGUCUGAUGAAAAUGCUGACCAAAGCCAAGCCCUUGAUUUAUUGAAAGCUCUUAAAGAACUGCCGAUCACACUGGACAUACUUACCAAGACUCGAGUAGGAAUGACUGUCAAUUCAUUCCGAAAAAGCUGCAAAGAUGAAGAAGUAAUUACGUUUUCAAAAGCAUUGAUUAAAAAUUGGAAAAAAUUAUUAAGUGGUGACAAGUCUGUGCCUCAAGAACCAAAGAAAGAUAAAAAAGAGCGCAAGAAAUCAGAGGAAAGGGAGCAAAAAAUAGAUGCAAAGAAAGAUACGCCAAAACCAGUAGUAUUUCCAACACCAUCGACAACAGAUGCGAUUCGUCUUAAAUGUCGCGAUUUAUUAAUCACCGCAUUGAAAACUGAAGACGAUGAACUUGGAGGUUGUGCCUCGAUUGAAGAAUUGGCUGAUGAACUAGAAGAUGCUAUUUAUUCUGAAUUUAAAAACACUGAUGCUCGUUACAAAAACAGAGUAAGAAGUAGAUAUUCAAAUCUAAGAGAUGCUAAAAACCCACAACUAAGAAGCAAUUUCAUUGCUGGAGCUAUUACUCCUGCUCAAUUAGCUAAAAUGACUGCUGAAGAGAUGGCCAGUAACGAGAUGAAAACAUUGAGAAAUAGACUCAUCAAAGAAUCUAUAGAUGAUGCUCAAUUGGCGACUGUACAGGGAACUUCAACUGAUUUAUUGAAAUGUGGUAAAUGUAAGAAACGAAAUUGUACUUACAACCAAAUCCAGACAAGAAGUGCCGAUGAACCAAUGACAACCUUUGUUAUGUGCAAUGAAUGUGGUAACAGAUGGAAAUUUUGUUAGAUUAAUUAUAGAAAUAUUUAAUUUAGGUUUUGUUGGAGCACCUAAUAUGUAUAAUAAUUGUAUUUUUUCUUCAUUUUUUACUUUAAAAAAAAAAUUGAAGUUGAUAUGCCUACAAAUUCAUUAUUCACUAAUAGAACAUUUUUUAGUAUUUAAAGAAAACUCAUUUGUGAGAUCGGUUUUAUGUACCUAUGACUUAUAUUUAAUACAUAAAUAAAUUUAUAUUAUUGAGUGUGACUUUAAAAUUUUUAUAUUUUUAUAACUUAAGAAUACAAUAACCAUAAAUAUUUUUAGUCAAAAUUGGUUGAGUGUAUAAAAAGCUUUACACUGAUUAUAUAAUUAAUGCCUAUUCGUGGUAAAUUUUAAUAA